AUGUGCUCCGUCUGCUACAAGAAGCACCACGGCAUCUUCGUCGGGGGUUCCGGCGCUUCCACCGCCGCCACGGCGUUCGAACCGGCGGCGGAGGCGGCGCCCAGCGCCAGCGUCUCUUUCACACCCGCUGGCGCCGCAUCAAUACCAUUACCACCCUCGUCCACGGCGCCCGAGGCAGCGAGGGAGCCGCAGCAGCCAAGUCGGUCCGUGGCGUGCUGCAAGAAGGUGGGGCUGACAGGGUUCGUGUGCCGAUGCGGGAAGACCUUCUGCGGGAGGCACCGCUACACGGAGGAGCACGGCUGCGCUUUUGACUUCAAGGGCGCCGACCGCGGCGCCAUCGCCCGGACAAACCCCCUGAUCAAGGGAGAGAAGCUGCCCGGCAGAAUCUGA